CCGCCUGCCACCACCUGGGCCCGCCGUUUUUUUUUGCCCGUUCUCCUGUCCUCUCUUCAUAUUCAAAAAAGUCCUUCAAUCUAGAUCUGGCAUCCUCUUCACCUCUAACGGAACUGAACUCAACUCAAUUCAUCCAGCUGCCGAUCCCGGCGCUCGUGUUCUGUGCAUAGCUACGUCAAUACGCAACCCCUCUGCCACACUUUGUCAUAUUCCUUUCGCACUAUAAGAGCUUCUCCCUACAAAGAGAACCUCUGAACAGUUCUUCGCAAUGGCUACCACCGCUACCCCCGCUACCCCCGAAGUUCUCUGGGCCCAGCGCUCUAGCGCCACGGAUGCCUCCAAGAACUUCAUCUACCUCACCAUCUCCGUCCCAGACAUUCCCCCGUCCAACCUCAAGCUGGACCUCAAGCCCCAGGGCCUGUCGUUCGAAGGCCACUCCGAGACUCUUAAGAAGUCGUACAAGGUUGACCUCGAGUUUUACGCCGAGAUUGAUACGGAGCAGAGCAAGGUCCACCACACCGGAAAGAACGUCGAGAUGAAGCUUCAGAAGAAAGAGCUCAAGGAAGAGUACUGGCCCCGUCUUCUCAAGGACUCCAAGAGGGUCCACUUCCUCAAGACCGACUUCGACAAGUGGGUCGACGAGGACGAACAAGACGAGGCUCCUGAGGACGACUUCUCUCAGUUCGGCGGCAUGGGUGGUAUGCCCGGUAUGGGAGGCAUGGGAGGAGGCAUGGGAGGUAUGGGAGGCAUGGGAGGCAUGGGAGGCAUGGGAGGCAUGGGAGGCAUGGGAGGCAUGGGAGGCAUGGGAGGCGACUUCGGCGGCAUUGACUUCUCUAAGCUUGGCGGCGGCGGAGACUUGGGCGGAGACGAUGACGACGAUGACGACGAUGACGAUAUGCCCCCCCUUGAAGGCGAGGAGGAAGAGGAGGUUGGGGAGAACAAAACAGCAGAUACCAGCAAGGGCGAUGCCGGUAAGGAGGGCGCUGUCAAGGACGACGGCGACAAUGCCGCGAAGUAAAUUCCGUCCCUGAUUUUACAACCCACCACUACAUAACGACCACACAUGUUCUCAUGCCAUGCCUUUUGCCAUGCAAUGCGAAACGGAGACGGAGGAGACUCGCGGUCGAAGCUCCCACCGCAACACCGGCGCCUGUAUCGGUAUGAAUAAGGUCAGCCGGCAUUGUGCGAGUGAGACGGAUAUCUGAGAUAUUGUAAUUCAAAAAAUAUCUAUUCGGCGCAUGAAUUGCCUCGUGUGCACAAACGAUCUCCGAUCUCAUCUGUUGUUCAUUAAUUCCUCCCUGCUUCCGGGAAAGCGCGCAGCUGCAUGGGACUCAAACCAAUACAGAAAUAAAUGAAUGUUUUGAC